AUGCAAGAAUAUCCUUAAGGUUUGUUGAGUCAAGGAACAACGAAAUACUUAAAAAAAAGAUUAAGUCUUCGCUUCCAUUAUCUUCUUAAAUAAAAACGAAGAACAUCCAAAUUUCCAUCAAAAUAUCUUCAAGGAUGGGGAAGACAACUAAAUUUUUCAGGUAAGAACACAUUCAAAAAUUAUAAUUUAUAUUUACUUUAGUGGUAUAUACUAAUUGAUAUUGCUUUGUUUAUUAAUAGAUUAAGAAAAUUAAGAAAAACAAAAAACUUAUCUAAAAUUACAGUAUUAAAAGAAAAAUCCCAUAAGUAAAUUAAAAAUGCUUUGUUUUCAAUCACUUUAUCUAUUUUUAUAAUACCCCUUUUAUAUAUUUUUAAUAUUGGAUUGAAGUCAUAUCAAUAUAUCAACAUUUAUAUAACUUGUUGUCUAUGUUAUUAAGGAGUAUUGAGAUUCAUUUUAUUUUUCACUCUACCAGCUUAUGCUAUUUUAAUAGUAAUGGCUAUUAUUUUUGCAGCUAUAGAAUUAAUUAGGUAAAUUCCAUUGUUGAUUUCAAAUAAAUAGAGUGUUCAUUAAAUACUAUUUGGAAAAUGA